AUGGCCCAGCAUGUCAAGACCACCCUGAGUUGUAAUUAAACUAUGUUUGCGUUAUUGUUGUUUACCUGUUUUCAGCGGAAGGAAUCGUCCGAAUUGGACAUCUCCAUCCGGUGAACCCGAUAAUUGCACACGAACCCGAUGUGUUGAAGAUGUGCGCGGAUGAUUUGAAAAAUAGAAAUAUUCUACCUCAAAACUAUAGUCUAAAGUGAGAUCAUCUGACGGAUAUUUUAGCUGAAAUCACAUCAUUUGUAGCAUUUUUACAAUGGAAAGUUGCAACAAAUUCUCAGGUGUGGAACAUGCCGCUUUCCUCCAUUAUAUCAAAAAUGCUUCUGUUUAUUUCGGACCAGGGUGUAAUAAUGGUACGCUCUGAAUUGUAGUAGUUGUCGAUAUUAAGUAAGAUUACAGAAAUGUUAGUGAUUGGCCGGUUGGCUCCCCGUUGGAAUGUUCCUAUUAUUGCGCAUAUGUCUGGAGAUGAUGUUCUUUCUGAUCGCACACAAUUUCCGACUUUGGGAUCUGUGGCGCUGACGUCAGCCAGUGAAAUGGCGAAGGCAACUGUUACCUAUCUGAAUUUGAACAACUGGGACCAGGUGAGCACUUUCUGUUGUUACUGUAUAUUGUUUGGCUAUCUUUUAAAUCAUUUGCAAUCGAAUCAAAGUUAGGUUUCUAUUUUCUGUUUUUUGAUCAAAAAUUAACUCGAUUAACUUGUACACCUAUCCGUUUUUGUUCAAAUACUUUGUAAUCGUGACUCAUUCACCGGAUGUUGUGAUCACAUAAGCAAGUGUAUAACAAGUCGACGUCGGCAGCAGGUCGCAGAGCAAUCGGCUGUGCUCUAAAAUGGAUUGAAGGAUUAAGAGCUAAUCUGUUAUUAGUCGACUUGUUUUCCGAUAAAUCCUUCUUACUGGAUAUCGGAUGUAGUCAUGGCAGACACAUCACAGAUGACGAUUGCAGAUUGGUAUUGUCCGGCCGAGCACUGGAUUUGAUCGACUUUCUGUUUAUUCAUUGCAACAUCAGAUCAAGAAGAGAGACAUCAAUCUUAAUGUUAUUGUCGAUAUCGAGCCAUUUAGUUCUCCGGAGGAGAUCAUCGCUUCCGGAAAGCUCACGACACUACGGAGCUAUGCGAGAAGUACGUUUAUGUUCCACCCAGACGCUCAUUGAAACUCUCCCUUAUACCUUCAGUUGUUGUUGUGGAGCUUGGUAUGGACAUCCACUCGGUCACAAAUUUCAUGUUGGCUGUGCAUAGAGCAGAGAUAAAAAACGAGGAGUUUGUGUUCAUAAUCCCUUGGCUGGCCCAUGUAAGCUAUGUAUAUGCCGCAACAAAUACCACAGAUUAGCUUCAGCAAAACGACCACUAUCCCUGGGAAGCGGCAAACGUCGAUAAGCAAGAAGUGAAGUUGGCUUUCGAAAACACGAUUAUCAUCACUGCUCACGGCUACGACAAGAAGUUCUUUGACGAGUUCCAACAGAAAUUCAGCUCUGUCACUGGAGUCUUAGCCAAUCAUGUGAGUCAGUUGUUGUUUGCCUCUAUUGAUUUUUCGUUUAGUAUGCCACUCUGUCGUACAUGUCUCUUUAUGAUGCUCUGUUCUUAUAUGGAUUGGCCCUACGUGAUGCCUUUGAAGAUGGCGGAGGCUAUAACGUGCACAUGAAUGGAUCGCUUAUAUGGUCCCGAAUGACAAAUCGGCAGUUUAUCGGUUACUUAAUCCCAUCAUCGAAUAUUUCAAUCUUAAUGCAUUUCAGGAGCUACCGGGCAGGUUCUUAUGAACAACAAAGCUAUCCGUGUACCUUCGUAUGCCACGUACUAUGCAACAAAUGGAACUUUGAAGGUAAGUGCUCAAUUGUCCAAUCUGAAUCUGAAUCUGAAUCAUUCAGAUUGUUGUGGAAUUAGAAGCCAAAAAUAAUGAUCGUGGGCAGUGUGAGAAGAACGAGGACAUGUGCUCCGAACAUGUAAAUGGCCAUUUCAGUCUAUUUCUUCACACUGAAGCCUUACAGGUCGCCCAUGAAACAGUACAAUACUAUUGGAACUCGGACAGUGGGAGACUACCAGGAACAGUACCAAAGUGUGGUUUCACUGGAGCGGAUUGUGAUUACAGACCGUAUUUCAUUGGGUUCAGUCUCAUAGCGUUCAUCCUCACCGUAGGACCACUUUCGUAUUUCAUCUACUUGAAACAGUUAGAAUCAUCGAGUGUUCUGAAUUAUAAUUUAUGAUUUCAGAAAAGAGCGUUUGUUAUAUGAUAUGACGUGGAGGAUACCUAGAGAAUCCAUAAAACUUCUGGAAGGAAAGUCGAGAUCAGAGCAUUCUUUGGCUAGCAAGUCUCAGAGUUCCGGUUCUUUCUCGGGAAGCAUGAACUCAAAGCAGAACGGUUUGAUAGCAGCUAAACAAGCAGUUUCAAAUGGCGUCAAACUUGCUAUUAAGGUACUUUUUGUUCAUUCACUGCUCGUCGUCAUAUGUUUUAUUUUCAGCGUUACCAACAAGUUCGUAACAUUACGUUCCCAAAAUCCGAGCUUAGACAGUUGAAAGAACUGAAAAUUCUGGAGAACGAUAAUUUGAACAAGUUCUACGGAAUUUCGUUCAACCAGCAGAACGAAUUUAUUGUUAUGUGGGUCCUCUGCUCUCGUGGCAGCUUGGAAGACAUUCUAUUCAACGACGAGUUGAAACUCGGAAGAAAUUUCCAAGUCUCGUUUGCGAAGGAUGUUGUUAAGGUGUCGUUGUGCCUUUGUUUUGCCCCUAACAUCCAUACAUUCAGGGCCUCAAUUUUUUGCACGCUUCUCCGCUUUUCCACCAUGGAAUGCUUUGUCUUCAAAACUGUCUUGUCGACUCGAACUGGACCGUCAAACUGACUAACUUUGCCACUGAACAGAUCAUUUUCGAAAAGCUCGAUCACAAUGAACUUCGUCCGUUUAUCAAUGCUGAUAGUGAUUCUGCCGAUGAAGUGUCCGAUCCAACUAAAGAUUUUGCCAGAAAGAGUUUGUUGAUGCUAAAAACACAUGUCCAGACACCAAAUUUCUUCAGAGUACGUACAACAAGCCCCUGAAAUAAUCCGUGAAAUUGUGACUACAAAAGUUAUUCCGCAAGGAAACCAAUCCGCGGAUAUCUAUGCUCUCGGAAUGGUGUUGUAUCAAAUUCUUUUCCGUGUGGAGCCAUUCCAUGAGCGGAACAAGAGUAUUAACAGUAUGAUUCGAUGAAAUCAUGUUUAGUAUUAAGAUAAUCCAUUUCAGAGCUGAUGGAAAUGCUGGCAAUGGCUAAUGACGACGACCAACUAAUCCGCCCGACAUUCCCGUCUUCAAAUACUGGAGAAGGUUAUAAUCUGCAGGUGAAACAAAGUCACUCAGCACUGAAAUCUCGAAAGUUUUCAGCUUUUAUCAUGUAUCGAAGCAUGCUGGCUCGAAAUUCCGGAGAUGAGACCGCCAAUCAAAAAAGUACGCACCAUGGUCAAUGCGAAUUUGAAAUCAACGUAAGAAACUGUAUCAAAACAACUUUUUCAAACACCACGUUCAGCGGAAAAGGCUCAUUGGUCGAUCAAAUGAUGAAAAUGAUGGAAGAAUACACAGCCAAUCUGGAAAAUAUGGUUCGAGACCGUACUGCACUACUGGAAGAGGCUCAGAAACAAGCGGAUCGACUGCUGAACAGUAUGCUCCCAAAGUAUGUUCAUUUUUCCAUUUUUUCUCACUUGCACUCCUACUUCUAUUGACUGAUACUCCGCAUGAUGGGCACUGAAUGCGUAUCUCCGCUUACAGAAGCAUAGAUUUUCACAAACAAUUCACAGAUGUCUGUGCAAAUCUGUCGCAUCUGUAAGCGGCGAUACUGCAACCGUUGAGCACUGCUGCACUCCGUCGUUUCGUUUCCAGAAAACUGUUUUGUCUUCGUGAAACACUUGAACAUACUUUCAGGUCAAUCGCCGAGGAUCUCAAAGUGGGAAAGCCAGUUCUGCCGCAACUCUACAGCUGCGCCACUGUUUUAUUCUCGGACAUUCGCGGUUUCACUCGCAUUUCUUCUACUUCUACACCGCUCCAAGUAACUAAAUUUCGUGCAAAACCAUUUUAAUCCAAAUUCUUCAGGUUGUUACAUUCCUAAACGACAUGUUCAGUGGAUUUGAUGCGAUUAUUGCAAAACACGACGCGUACAAGGUGGAAACUAUUGGAGAUGCGUACAUGAUUGUGUCUGGAGUGCCGACUGAGAACGGAAACAGCCAUGCUCAGAACAUUGCUGACGUUGCUUUGAAAAUGCGAGCAGUAAGACUUUCAGUAUAGGUUCUUUUAAUUAUUUUUGUUUCCAUUUCCAGUUCAUCUGCAACUUCAAACUUGCUCAUCGCCCGGAAGAACUCAUGAUGGUCCGCAUUGGAUUCCAUAGUGGUCCAGUAGCGGCGGGAGUUGUCGGACUGGCAGCUCCCAGAUAUUGUCUGUUCGGUGACACGGUGAACACGGCAUCGCGAAUGGAAAGCACUGGAGUGGCUAAUAAGAUUCAGGUUCCUUCCAAACCCCAUCCUCUAUUUCUCACUUUGUGUUCUGGUUCAGAUUUCGGAAGGCGCAUACAAUCUCCUUCAUUGCUUCUUCCCUCAAUUCCAAAUGGUUGAAAGAGGAAAGAUUGAAGUGAAGGUUCGUAGCGAAGAUUUAUGCUUUGAUGAUUUUCAGUUUUCAGGGAAAAGGAGAGUGUUUGACUUAUUAUUUGGAGGGAAAAACUGGCAAAUAAAUUCCGAGGAUAUUUCUAUCUUUCGCUCAUCCGACAUGAGCCAACUUCAAAUCAAUCACGUGAGCGGAAGAUUGAGGGGGAGUCCACUUAUUCUAUUUUUGCAGAUUUUUCUGCAACUAG